AUGAGUAAGUUCAAAACUAUUGAUACAUUUUUUAAAAGAAAAGAUCAAGAGAAUGAAGAUGCUUCUACUAUUACUACUCCAAUACUUGAGGGGUCAUCAAAUUUCAUUACUUCAAGUUCUCCAUUGAAUAGCUCAAAGCGUCCACGACUUCUUCCAAAUCAACUGGAUGUUUUUCGUUUGGAAAGAGAUCCUGGAAUGCGACCAAUGAUUUGGAAGUUUCCUCCAAAUAAAAGAGAUGAAAUCCGUCGGGCUUAUAUUAAAAUUGGGCCAAAUCAACCAAUUCUUGAUAAUUAUCCAUUUUCUGGUGAUAAAAGUCAUUGUCGCUUUCAAGCUUCAUGGUUUAAAUUGUUCCCAUCUUGGUUAGAAUAUUCUAUAGAAGAUGAUGCUAUAUAUUAUUUUUUGUGCUUUCUUUUUGCUAAGGAACCUUCAAUCAAUACGGGUUCAAAUGCUUUUAUUGAGAAUGGUUUCAGGAAUUGGAAGAAAGUAAAUAGUGGAAAAGAAUGUGCUCUUUUGAAUCACAUUGGUAAAGGUUCCAACUCAUUCCAUCAUAAGGCGCUGAAAUCAUGUGAUGAUUUGAUGAAACAAUCACAACAUAUCGACAGACUUCUUCAUAAGCAAACAUCAGAAGAGAUUGAAAAGAAUCGAAUUCGACUAGGAGCAUCUAUAGAUUGUAUUAGAUGGUUGACAUUUCAAGUUGCGCAUACAGAGGACAUGAUGAAAGCUAAAGUUCAAGCAAUAGAGUUAGAGAUGAAUCUAAAAAAGGAGCAAAUGGCCAUUGUUUUGAGAUUUGUUACCCUAGAUGGUUUUGUUAAAGAGAGAUUCUUUGAUCUUGUGCAUGUCACUGAUACUUGUGCAACAACUUUAAAGAAAGAAUUGAUUUCUGUCCUUUCUCAUUAUAAUCUCCAAGUUGAAAAUAUUAGGGGUCAAUGGUAUGAUGGUGCUAGCAACAUCCGGGGUGAGUGGAAUGGUUUGCAAGCUUUGUUUCUUAAAGAUUCUCCACAAACAUACUAUUCCGAGGGUUACCUGAAACUGUAG